GGGUGAGACUGCGGGGCCUCAGGGCGUGCGGUUGCGCGUAGAGUUGGGCGGGGUGGGGGGGGCGCCGGCUGAAGUCCCGCGUGCUUCGACGGCAUGGCUUCGCUGCUGGGCUCCUUCGCGUGGGCGGAGAGGCUGGACUGCUCGGCUCUGGAGUUGUCCGACGGGGGCAGCGGGACCUCCGCCUCCGCGGUGCCCCGGACGGAGAAGGGAAACCCCGAAAGCCGCAUCCGACGCCCCAUGAACGCUUUCAUGGUGUGGGCCAAAGACGAGAGGAAGCGCCUGGCCGUCCAGAACCCGGACCUGCACAACGCCGAACUGAGCAAGAUGCUGGGCAAGUCAUGGAAGUCUUUAACCCCGUCCCAGAAAAGACCUUACGUUGAAGAGGCGGAAAGGCUGAGGGUUCAACACAUGCAAGACUACCCCAACUACAAAUAUCGUCCCAGAAGAAAGAAGCAGGUCAAGCGGAUCUGCAAGCGAGUGGAGCCAGGCUUCCUGCUGGGCAGCCUCUCCAGGGACCAAGACCACAUGCCUGAGAAGAGGGUGUGCAGCCGAGCAGUGGGUGAGAAAGAUGAAUACUCAACUGCCUCAGUAAUGCCAAACCUCAGGAGAUACCAGGAGGUCCAGAGCAGUAACACAGGUACUCAGAUGGACACGUAUCCAUAUGGGUUGCCUACUCCUCCUGAGAUGUCACCCUUGGAUGUGAUAGAUCCUGAGCAGAGUUUCUUCUCCUCCCCUUGUCCCGAAGACCAUCGCUGUUCCCAUAUGUCUGGAGACACCUACUCUCUAGAAUAUGCCACCAGCCCUCUCCAGUGCAACCAUUCUUUGAGUCACAUGCCAGUCUCUCAGUCAGCCUCCACGAUGCAGUCUGCUUCCUCCAGUUGCCCAGCACCUCCCACAGGAAAUUAUUACUCCCCAGCUUUCCCUCCUAAUCUCCAAGUCCCCAGCCUCCACAACCAUCUUGGCCAGCUCUCACCACCCCCGGAGCAUCAGAACUUUGAUAGCCUGGAUCAAUUGAGCCAAGCCGACCUUCUAGAGGAGAUGGACCGCAAUGAGUUUGAUCAAUAUCUCAGUGCCCCUGGACACCCAGAGCCUAGUGGGCUCACCAUCAACGGACAUGCCCAGGUCUCUCAGACAGCAAGCAGCUCACACUCCUCAGAAACCAGCCUAAUUUCUGUCCUUGCAGAUGCAACAGCUACAUAUUACAAUAAUUACAGCAUUUCUUAGGUCAGAGAAGUGAGAUUUGUCCUAUGGAUCAGUUUGCUGGACAGAAGGUUUCCUUUUAUCCAGGUUUCCCCACUCUGAACUGAAAUAACUUUGGGGUUCACUUUCUAGAUAAUUACUCCACUAUUGAGUAUCUGUUUUCAGAGGUGUCUUUGUAUCCCAGUUAAAAGGAUACAUCUUCAAUGAUGCAUCAGGGCACCUUAGUAUGUUGACUUAGAUUAAAGAAUCCUUGUUCUUUCAUCAAACUGAGGGGCCCAGACAGAGCUGGUAUAGCAUAAUAAUACUUACAAAUCUGGUCUACCUACAGAGGAAUGACUUCAGGAAAUAUACAUGACCACUUAUGACGUUUUUCAACCAAAGAUGCCCUUGAAUGCAUUUCCUAGAGAAACCAUUCCUAAGUAGACUCAGAUGUUUAGCUGUGUGUGUGUGUACACAAUCAAUUUGUUAUGCAGGAUGUCUUCUCAAGUGUUUUGCUCUUUGCACAAUUCCCAUUUGUUUCCAUGGGCUCGCCUAGGAGAUUUUUCCCUGCCAAAGCUGAAAUAAUGUGUAACAAUGUCAAAAGUGCUAUCAUAGAAGCAUCAUUAUCCUUGUGAAUUGGGCCACUUAUCAUCUCAUCUUCCUGUUGCCUCUAGCCAAAGAAAUUUUUAUCUUAAAAUCAGUGAAAUAUGCCCUAAUAAGGGUAAUCAAAUGAAUAUAUAGCUCUUUAAAAGUGUCCCUCUCCUAUCAACUUUUACAACUUCCAAAUUCUACAAGGGCCUCAUGCUGCAAAUCACCUAGGUCCUAUUAUCUCUUUUACUUUGGCACACUGAGAAUUGGCUCUAGCAGUAGGGCAAAAUGGGGCAAAACAAGGUGGGAUUUCAUCAUAAUCAGUGGUAAAUGGUGCUAUAUAAUCUCAUCACAAAAUAUUGGUCAGAAGAAUUGCAUGUGGCUUUAAACAAACCUUUGCUAAUUCUCAUUGUAGUGUCUUAAAACACCCUGUACAGUAUUGCAAUUUUUAGGAAGGGUCUAACGGUCACAAUGUAUGUUAGCUUUCUGUCCUUUGAAAAGAAAAAAGCAGCCUCAAUUUGGGGGUUGCCCUUUGCUUCUUUCAGGGUCUUCUCUUUUCUCCUUGCCUGUGGAAGUGGUGGUAUAUGUUUGGGAACAACCAAGAGAGAAGCAUCAGAUCCAAAUAUGAGCAUUUAAGAAUGCAUUUCAAGUGUCAAAAUAAGUGAGGUUCACCUCAAUAACAUUUUAAUUUUAGCAAGGAGUGUACAAAUCAUUUCAAGAUCAGAACUGAACAUUUCAGGGUGAGGAUGGUUCACUUGUUUUAUAUACCUUUAAUUCUAAUCUAAAUGGAUCAGGGGAAUUUGGAGUGGGGAAAAAUAAGAGUCAGGCAUCUUCCAUAACAAGCUGCUUUCCAGAUAAGUUAGCUGACAGCCAUCAUCACCCAAGCUGGUUACAUAUAAGGCUAAUAGCACAUUUGCUAUUGUGCUUUAGACUCCCUAUGAUCUAAACUGUCAACAAAGAAUGUCAAAGAGAUGGAUAACCUAGAUUAGGAUAAUUAUUAAAAACGCCUUUUUUAAUACCCUUGCUUACAUCUACUUCAUCCCCUCCCAGAAGCUGCUUUUGAGUUUAAAAGUCUAUGUAGAAUGUUCUUUUCUGGGGGUUUUGUGUGUGUGUGUGUGUGUGUGCUUCUUAUAAACUUAUGAACAAUCUAUAAUUUAGGAAAAACUGAUUCCCUUCUCAUCCCCUAAUGGUUAUUUCAUAAAUAGUGAGAGAUAUACACUGUGGACGGUAUUAUCGAUCCCAAGAUUUAUUUUUGGCUUCAGAGAAGUGUAACAGCCUGUACAGUAUUUCUAAAAAUGCAGUUAUUUUAAGUAACCUAUCUUGAUGACAUGGUAUCUUUAAAUGCCAUCCCUUAACACUGCUUUUCUAUGUGAUGGUUUCCAUGAUUCUGGGAGAUAUUGCCUUAUGAAUGUAUAUUUGAUAUAGAUCCUUUGCCAAAGGCGCUAACAUAUUUACUUCCUUUUAUAUUUAAACAUACUUAAAAUUCCCUUUUAAACAUGCUAAAUCCUUCAGUGUCAAAAUUAUUGUACAAGUCUUUUUCCAUUAAAAAUAGGGUUCUUACUAAAGCAGGCCAUCCUCAUCCAAAGUAUUUCUAAGACAAAUUAAAAUCAAUUUCAGGGACAAUUUCAGCCCUCGCAUUCUGUUUUCCAUUUAAUCCAAAUAAUACAUUUUUGAACCAUGAGGUUCCCAGAGUCGUUUUUGCUGAGAUAUGAGGCUAUAGAAAUAAAAUAAAUAAAUCCAAAAUGCCUUGCUUCUGCAUGAUAUACCCAGUGAAGAGUGCAAAGUGAAGCUUUGGUAAGAUCAUAAACACAAUUGGGUUUCUUUAUUGACACUAGUUGCUUAAGAAUCAAAUUGCUGCUUCCAGUUUUGAUAACUAAACUUAGACUACCUAUAUUCAAUUGAAGAUUAUUGUUUUAAAUCUCAUAACUCCUUGAUGUACUUGAAAAAACAUUUUUCCGUGCGCUCAGUCAUCUGUUUCCUCCAUUUCUUUGUCCUUUUGGCCAGUAUUGAUUAAAUUGUUACGUGACAAAUUGUUGCCUGAUCUGCUGUGCUAGGCUCUGGUCCUUCUUGGCAAACUGCAGACCAGCGCCAGUUGUUGCACAUUCUGGAUUUGUCAAAAAACAACAACAAAAUCUCAGGUUUCUUGCUCUUCUCUGGAGCUCAGUUCUCUAGCAGGAAACCCAGAUUCAUUAGCAAGAAGUUCAUUUGAGUUAUGGCUGUUUCAGCCAAUUCCUGCUUGUAAAGUGAGCCUGCAUAUACUUUAUAUUCCUCAUAGUGUGCUUUAAGCCAGAGGUCUCCAGCCUUGGUUCCUUUAAGACUUGUGGACUUCAACUCCCAGAGUUCCUCAGCCAGCUUUGAAGUCCACAAGUCUUAAAGGGACCAAGGUUGGAGACCCCUGCUUUAAGCUGUCUAUAUCAGGGAUUCAGUGAAAAUUCAAAUGGACCAUUAAUUUAAGUCUUUAAGAGAAACUCCAUAUAAGGAAGUGUAUAGAUUUUGUAUAGUAACUUCAUAUAUUUUGCCAUUUUGGAAAAUGGAUUGUACUUAGUGAUCCAGUAACUGUUUCCAUUGUUGCAAUCUCAUUGACCUUAAUAGGAUUAUGCUAAGAUAUAAAUGUCUAACUAUUAAAACUUGGGCAGGUGACUUGUCAGUGAUUACGCUGGUCUAACGUGGCAAAAUAGAAUGAAUGCUGUAUUACUGAAAUAAAAUGUACCUACCAUCAGUUUGGUAGGUAAAUAAUUAUGACAGAAAGAUUUUGGUGAUUAAUCUCAAAGGUUGUCUAUAGUUAUUCAGUGUGAAAGGGAACGAUUGUAGAUUGUUCAUAGGCUUUUUUCAAGGAGCCAACCUGAGGACAUUCUUAGACUCCAAUUAAGUCUUGAAGCACCAGAAUUGUUGUAUGAAUUUAAUUUAGAAUAGAAUAGAAUAGAAUAGAAUAGAAUAACAGAGUUGAAAGGGACCUUGGAGGUCUUCUAGUCCAACCCCUUGCUUAGGCGGGAAACCCUAUACCACUUCAGAGAAAUGGUUAGCCAACAUCUCCUUAAAAACUUCCGGUGUUGGAGCAUUCACAACUUCUGGAGGCAAGUUUUUCCACUGAUUAAUUGUUCUGUCAGGAAAUUUCUCCUUAGUUCUAGGUUGCUUCUCUCCGUGAUUAGUUUCCACCCAUUGCUUCUUGUCCUGCCCUCAGGUGCUUUGGAUAAUAUCUUGACUCCCCCUUCUUUGUGGCAGCCCCUGAGAUAUUGGAACACUGCUAUCAUGUCACCCUUAGUCUUUUUCAUCAAACUAGACAUACCCAGUUCCUGCAACCGUUCUUCAUUUAACACCAAGGCCUCUCCCAUCUUCUCAUUUUUUUAACUUUGUUUUCCCACUUUUAUCAUCCACCUUUAUCUACACAACUGGCAAAAGAUCUGGGGAGAGUUUUAUUGAAAAGGGUUUUGUAUUAGUAAUGCUCCAUUUUUAUCAAAUCAUCCUUGAGGAAAAAAAAUAUACCUUUGUGUUUAGAAUAUAGAAUAGAAUAUUUUUAUUUAUAGACCGCCCUUCUCCCGAAGGACUCAGGGCGGUGUACAGCCAAGAAUAAAAUACAGGAAAAAACAACAAUACAAAACUAAGAACAAUCCUUAAAAAAACCUAUUUGAUAUGGCUACUUAUAGAUAAAAUAUUACCCUCUAAAAUUUACAAAAAAUUUAAAACCCAUAAAAUCAAUUUGAUAAUUUAAAAUUUAAGCGAGUCCAGCAAGACGAAAUAAGUAGGUUUUAAGUUCGCGGCGGAAGGUCCUAAGGUCAGGUAUUUGUCGGAGU